AUGCCCUCAACUACCCACCUAGAUCAAUGCUCUGCCCUAUCGGGCCUGGACUUCUACCUCCGUCCUCUAUCAAUCGCAGACGUCAAGUCCUGCGUGAUUGUCGAAUCCGCAUUCCCGGAACAAGAGCGAUGUUCCGAAGAAAAAUUCACUUACCGCCUCACCCAAUCCCCCACCCUAAGCCUAGGCCUCUUCCUCAGAGAACCCAGCAACGACCGCUUAAUCGGCCAUGUUAUCGGGAACAGAACAUCCUCUCCCGUCAUAACUGAUGGAUCAAUGCUUAUGCCCGAACACUGGCGCUCCUUACCGGCCGGUAAGCCCUUGACUUCUGGCGGCCAACUCAUCGGCAACGAUCCCAACGGAAAGACCAUCGCUAUGCAUUCUGUGGUCAUGACGCCCGAGUUUCAGCGCGGUGGGAUCGGGAGGGCGCUUGUGAAGGAUUAUGUGAAGUACGUUAAGGAUAAUAUGGAUGGGGAGCGGGUGGCGCUUAUUGCGCAUGAUUAUUUGGUUGGGUUUUAUGAGAGUGCAGGGUUUGAGAAUUUGGGGGUGAGUGAGGUUCGCUUUGCGGGAGGUGGGUGGUAUGAUAUGGUUUUGCCUGUUGGUUCGAGGGUUUGA